AGGGGUUACUACGGUCAAUUGAUCCAAAAUAAAAAGCCGAUGAUGAGAAGUUAAAGAACUCCGUAAAUUCAAAUGGCAGACUCUGUAGAUUCCCAAAAUGCCCAAAUCGACGGUAACGUCGUUGCCGCCCAAUCCUUGGCUCACUUCGGUGUCACUCACAUGUUCGGCGUGGUGGGGAUUCCAGUAACUUCCCUCGCCAACCGCGCUGUCGCUCUUGGCAUCCGUUUCAUCGCCUGCCAUAACGAACAGUCCGCGGGUUACGCCGCCUCGGCGUACGGCUACCUCACUGGCAAACCCGGGCUACUCUUAACGGUCUCCGGGCCGGGUUGCGUCCACGGGUUGGCGGGACUUUCGAAUGCCAUGGUGAACACGUGGCCCAUGGUCAUGAUAUCGGGUUCAUGCGAUCAGAAAGACUUUGGCCGCGGCGAUUUUCAAGAACUCGAUCAAAUUGAAGCCGUGAAAACUUUUUCGAAAUUCGCUGUGAAAGCGAACGACAUAAAGGAUAUACCUAAUUGUGUUGCUCAGGUUCUUGAUCAGGCUUUAUCGGGUCGGCCCGGUGGGUGUUAUUUGGAUCUACCGACUGAUGUGUUACACCAAACUAUUUCACAAUCGGAGGUGGAAGAAUUACUUAAAUCCGCUGAGAGUUAUAAAUCAGAAGUAUCAACUGGGCUUACUCCAAAAAGUUCUGAGAUUGAGCUGGCUGUUUCUCUUCUAAGAGAGGCUAAGAAACCAUUGAUUGUGUUUGGUAAAGGAGCAGCUUAUGCACGAGCAGAGGGUGAAUUGAGGAAGCUCGUCAAGAGUACUGGGAUUCCAUUUUUGCCUACACCGAUGGGUAAGGGGUUGUUGCCUGAUACGCAUGAGCUUGCUGCGAGCGCAGCGAGGUCGCUAGCGAUUGGUCAAUGCGACGUUGCGUUGGUUGUCGGUGCUAGGCUUAAUUGGUUGUUACAUUUCGGUGAGCCGCCUAAGUGGUCCAAGGAUGUGAAGUUCAUUUUGGUGGACAUUAGUGAAGAGGAGAUUCAAUUAAGAAAACCGCAUUUGGGAUUGGUUGGAGAUGCGAAAAAAAUUUUGGAAUUGAUUAAUAAGGAGAUAAAGGAUGACCCUUUUUGUUUGGGGAACAAUCAUCCAUGGGUUGAGGCUAUUUCAAAGAAAGUUAAGGACAACGUGUCCCGAAUGGAGGCUCAGUUGGCGAAGGAUGUUUCUCCUUUUAAUUUUUUGACUCCUAUGAGGAUUAUAAGGGAUGCAAUUUUGGCGGCGGGUAGCCCUGCGCCCAUAUUGGUUUCUGAAGGGGCAAAUACUAUGGAUGUAGGUAGAGCUGUUUUGGUUCAAACGGAGCCAAGGACUAGGCUGGAUGCAGGGACUUGGGGUACAAUGGGGGUUGGUUUAGGAUAUUGCAUUGCAGCUGCUGUGGCUUCACCUGAUCGACUUGUUGUUGCUGUUGAAGGCGACUCUGGAUUCACUUUUAGUGCCAUCGAAGUUGAGACAUUGGUUCGGUAUCAGUUGCCGGUGGUUGUGAUAGUUUUUAAUAAUGGUGGUGUUUAUGGUGGUGACCGGAGGAACCCUGAAGAAAUUACAGGGCCUCACAAAGAUGAUCCUGCACCUACUUCCUUUGUCCCUGGCGCAGCUUAUCAUACUCUAAUGGGAGCUUUUGGGGGAAAAGGUUAUCUAGUUGGGACGCCUGAUGAACUCAAGUCUGCCCUUACCGAAUCAUUUGCUGCACGAAAACCAGCUGUAAUAAACGUUACUAUUGAUCCUUUUGCUGGUGCGGAGAGUGGAAGAAUGCAACACAAAAACUAAGGUACUGUUGGACUGUGCAAUUGUGUCGUUUGUGUCUCUCUGUUUUAGUUGCUUCUGUGCAAACUGUUUUUAUUCCGGGCUUGUCAAUAAUGUCAUAUUUCCAGUUCGUUAGUGCUGGAUCAAGACAUGUCGCUUCUUGUCCUUUUGGAUUUCAUACUGGAGCAGAUGCGUAAUAAAGAGUCUCCCAUAAUAUUUGUUGUUGAUUAAACUCUUGAUGAAUAUUUCAGAUAUACAGGGAAGUGCUUGCUUAA